UCUUUCGCUUCAAUAUUUAUUUUUGGUAUAUUUGAUUUGGCAUAAUACUUUUCGACAACAAAUAUAAACGCGAAUAUCUGUUUCAGAUGUGAAAUAAAAUAUUUUGAGCAAACGAUGUCUUUUUUUAUAGGUGGAGUGGUUGACUUGGUCGUAAACGAUAUUGUACUUCUGACAGGAAUAGUUUUAUUUAUUACCUAUCCAAGAACGCCAACGCAGAGGAAUGGCGAGGAGACACAAGUUACCUGUAGGUCUCCUCCCGUCAUACCGAACGCUCAAGGUCCCCCUCCCACGGGUCCUUUCCCCGUGGGUUCUUCAUACCGGUAUACAUCUUAUGUCGCGGGUUACAGCUCGUCCGGUGAUCCCUCCACAACUUGUCAAGCUGACGGACAAUGGUCACCUGUAGUCUUCCAAUGUAGAGCAUUGGCAGAUUGCUCUGCAGUUUUGAGGGCAGACUCCGGUGCCAGCGGAAAUGACGGAGUGUAUACAAUUAUCCCGGAUGGUACGACCCAGAAACAAGUCUUCUGUGAUAUGACGACUAAGGGUGGCGGGUGGACGGUCAUACAGCGGCGAGAGGAUCAAUCAACAGAUUUUUACAGAACUUGGGAAGAGUACAAGGCGGGAUGUGGAAAUCCUGCACAGAAUCAUUGGAUAGGAAAUGAAGCUCUUUAUCACUUAACAAAAGGACAGGAUAAAGACCUUGUAGUUAACCUUCAGCGUUUUAACGGUCAAAAGGCGGAGGCCAGAUACACUACAUUUUAUAUUGGGGAUGAAAACAGCAAGUACCUACUCACUGUGUCCUCCUUCUCAAGCUCUGGUG